UCGAGAGCUCAGUCGGUGUCCGCCAGGUUGAAAAUCCGUGACUUCUCCCGUUCGUUUCGUCGCGAUUUCUUAAUGUUUCUAUAAAAAACGCGCGAAAAACGACACCAGAGGAAACGUGAGAUGUAGCGAAGCAUACACUGUUUACGAGUAAUUUCAAUCAAUGUUCGUUAAAGUGUUCGCUAUUUUAAAUUUGCGGUAAACAUUGGUUCCCGGUGUGUCGCGUUUACUCUGUAUUGUCAGAAGCACAUCCGGCCGUGUUUUUCACGUGCAGACACGAUAACAGUGCACAAGACCGCGCAUACUGAUGUACGCAGGAUUUUACGCGUAUUUAUAAAAGACGAGUGUGUGUGUUUACAUAUGGUGAAUUGUGUUGAACUGUUGACAUCGUGUGACGCGAAGAUUUUAAGUCGCAACGAAUUCGUUCGAGAUUCAAUGAUAUUACCGGCUACCUUGUAAACAUGCUCGAGUCGGCCAACAACAUUCGGCGGCAUUAGGUGAUACCGGCAUACACACAUCGACGUACAUACACUAGCUCGUAGCAGUCAUGGCGAGGACAAGGAUUGCUUGCUUCUGUUGCUUCUUCGUGGUUCUAUGCCUUCGUGAAGUCUCUUCGAAAGCUGGCCUGUGCGAGGUGGAGUCGGGUCAAUCCAAUAUUAUUCUUGACAUCGAGGAGAGCAGAGGAGACGCGAUCGAUCAGAAGACCGUGCCUGAGGAGCUUCCGGUAUCUGGUGAUCCGUAUAACGAGACCACGCUGGAACUGAUUUUCCCUGGAAGACAGCCUCGUUUCAAAUUAAACGGCAAGAAACUACAGCUUCUGGAACCCUUAGACAGGGACAACGAAAAUCUUUCGCACGUUGUUUUUCAGUUGAGCUGCACUGUAAAGCAGACGAACAAGAAGAGGACGAUACCAGUGAUCGUGCGAGUAUCCGAUAUAAAUGAUAACAAACCAAAAUUCAUCAACACCCCAUAUGAGACUACAGUGCCAGAGUUAACACCAGUUGGUUCUACCAUCUUUAAAAAUGUAGUCGCCGUAGAUGCAGAUGCCGGUGUGAAUGGCAUUGUCGAGUACUCGAUCGCUCCUGGAGACGGAACUAGAAUCGGCAAUAACGAGGGAGUCGGUCGGAAUAGAAUCACGACAGCCGAUGGAUACGGUUAUUUCAGCAUAAACUUACCUCAUCAAGGCCAAGUUACUGUUAAUCGUACUCUCGACUUCGAGAAGACGCAACGAUAUCUCGUCACCAUUUUGGCUUCGGACCGAGCAAGGAAUGUAUCUGAACGUUUCACAUCUACUACCACCUUGACAGUAAACAUUAGGGACGAUGAUGACCAGGAUCCUUCCUUCAUCUACCAAGGUUGCAUGCUCUCGGAUGGAGCUUGCAUUAAUCCUGAAUAUUCAGCAUCUGUAUCGAGUGGAGUGUUAUCCGGAAUACUCAAUAUAUCGCCGGAGAAAAUACAGGCUGUUGAUAUGGACAGUAUAAACGCGCCUAUUUAUUACACGUUCCUCAGUGGCAACCCAUCGAAUUAUCGAGAGUUUUUCGAAAUAAAUCCAAAUACAGGCGCCGUGAAGCAAAUCAAAGCGGUGGAUACGACGGUGACCAAGAAAUUCGAUAUCAUCAUUAAGGCUGUCGAAGUAUCCGAAGCGAAGCGAUCAGCUACAGCCAAAUUGACCAUUACAGUGAAGCCAGUAGACAGUAAUCCUCCAAUUAUAACAGCAUCAAACGUGGAGGGUUUCGUGGACGAGAAUGCCCCUAUUGGAACAAAAGUUAUUGAUAAAAAUGGUGAUCCUAUAGUGCUCACUGUUUCGGAUGCUGAUUUGGGCCCAGAAGAUCCAAAACCGGCGUACACGUUCGAAUUAACCACCAAUUUCUUUGCGAUCGACCCGACCGGUGUGCUAAUCAUAAACGAAGAGAAUCUGGACCGGGAUCCUCCGAGUCCAGGCCGUUUCCGGUUUCAAGUGGUGGCCAGAGAAAAAACGGGUGUCGCAGCUUCCGCGCCAUUAUCAUUCGUAGUGACAUUGAACGACGUUAAUGACAAUGCUCCCAUGCUUCCCAUGAUAGCUCCUAUCACUGUUCAAGCUGGAGAAACAAAGAGAGUGGUGACAAAGGUGGAGGCGACGGAUAACGACGAAGGGGAGAACGCCGAGAUAACGUACAGCAUUUAUCACGUGUCGAAUAACGGGUUGCAUAAAUUUAAAAUCGACCCGAAGACCGGUGUGAUCGAAUCGGUAAGGAAGUUGAACGCUGGCGAACAGUUCAGUAUUACGGUUCAAGCAACCGACAAGGGUGGAAAGUAUUCCCAAACCAUCGUCGAGGUUAACGUAAUCCCUGGACCUAAUACCAGAAGCCCAGUCUUUCAACAACCGGUAUACGAGGUGCAGGUCAGCGAGGGAGCCUCGAUUAAUUCCACGGUCGCAACAAUUACUGCAGUUGAUCCUGAAAAUGAUCCAGUAUCAUACUCGAUAGUUUCUGGCAACGAUCUACGCCAGUUCGCGAUCGGUGAUAAAUCAGGUGUAAUCACUGUUAUAAGGAAAUUAGAUCGAGAAGAUUUAACCCGUUAUCAGCUGCUGAUAAAGGCCGAAGAUUCCGGUGGUCUCUCCAGCACAGCGACGGUAAACAUCAAAGUAACUGACAUUAAUGACAAAAAUCCGGAAUUCGUGGAUUUGCCAUACGAAUUCACCGUGAAAGAAGGUGAAGCUCGAAAAUUAAUUGGCCGCGUGCACGCUGAAGAUGCUGAUGAAGGUAUUAACGCUGAAAUCACGUAUUUUGCACCGGACGAUAUCCCAUUCACGGUGGAUCCUGAAACUGGAGACGUGCUGACGAAAAUCGUUCUGGAUUACGAGCAGAAUGAUGAAUACAAGUUCGUGGUAACUGCCAGAGAUGGUGCACCAGAUUAUCGUCUGGCUACCGCUACCGUUACCGUGAAAGUUAUAGAUGUUGAAGACGAAGUUCCCGUUUUCCAUCAGAGUAGCUACGAAGCCCGAGUUAAGGAGAAUGUGCCCGAUUACACGGUGCUUCAAGUGACGGCUGAUGAUCCGGACACAAAGAAGCAAAUCACAUACAUGAUCAAACAAGGGGACACCGAGCUGUUCAGCAUUGAUCCGAAGACUGGAGUGAUAAAAACCAUCCGUGGUUUGGACUACGAGAGAGAGAAUCAACACAUCCUUAUUAUUGGAACUGUGGAAAAUACCAGUGAUUUGCCUGGUUCUACUACCAAGGUUGUGGUCAAUGUACAGGAUGUUAAUGAUAUUCCGCCAGUGUUCACGUCAGUACCGCGUCCGAUUACUUUGGACGACGACGUUCCCAUCAGUACGACGGUCAUCAAUCUUAUAGCAACUGAUUCCGAUGGCACAGCUCCCGGAAAUCAGGUGAGAUACGAAAUCGUCGGUCGUGGAAUAGCGAACAAGUAUUUCGUGAUUGACCCAGAUACCGGUGUGCUCAGAAUUAGAGACGAUUUGCGUAAGGAAACUGACACUGAAUAUCAGGUCGAUGUUCGCGCGUACGAUAUGGGAGAGCCGCAAUUGUCGUCGGUCACGACGGUGCCGAUUUACGUUCGUCACGUUGCGACGGUACCGCCGGAAAUCGGCUUAGGAUUCGCAGAAAACUCGUACAACGUCGAUGUGCCCGAGGACGCGGGCGAUAACACGCUCAUCAAGAUAAUCACGGUCAUUAAUAGUCACGCCCACGAUACGACGCCGUUGAAGUGCGAGAUUUACAGCGGCAACGAGAAUGAAUUAUUUGAAGCCAACGUAACGGAGGAACGAAACUGUGCGUUAAGGCUGAAGAAAGGUGCUUUGGAUUUCGAAACGACCGAAUCUUAUCAAGUUAAGAUCAGAUUGGAGUCGCUGUCGGGUCUGCUGAACUCUGGCAGGAAUACAACAAUGGUGAAGAUUCAAGUGCUCGACGUGAAUGAUAACAAGCCAGAAUUCAUCUUCCCAGAAAGUAAUCAAAAGCUAUCCCGAGGGCGUUAUUUUGCAGCGAUACCCAGAGCAGCUCAGUUUACAUCGACUGUGAUCCAAAUAAAGGCUCAUGACAAGGACAAUGGAAAAUACGGGAAACUUGAGUACAAGAUACUCGGAGGAAGAGGCUCGGAUUACUUCGCCAUGGACGGCUUUUCCGGAAUAAUUAGAACCACUGCUACGUUCGACAACGUGGAUCCGGCGGAACUUCCGUUCAAAUUCGAUGUCCGCGUUCGGGAUAAUCCUAAUUCGACUGACAACUUUAAUUCAAUCGUCGCUCCGGUCAUUGUCAAUUUGAUUGGCGAGGAGAAUCUAAUGAUCCUGGUGGUCCAAGACGCGUCACCCGAUGUCUUGCAAAAAGAAGCACCUAAAAUUGCUAGUAUAAUUGAAGAGAAGAGUGGUCUGUUGAUUGGUAUUGAUAGAGUUGCUGUGAGGAAGAACCUGACCAAAAAUGGCACCGUUGAAAUGUAUCCUCAGGACUCGGAUGUAUGGUUCUACGCGGUUGAUCCAGAUACGGAAGCUAUUUUGGAUAGAAAUAGCUCAAGAAUACAAAGAUCUAUCAUAGAGAAGCCAGCAAUGUCGAAUAUCACUUUCGACGUGUCUACUCUAGUUAGAGCUAACGCCAUCGACAUCCAUGCACCUGUGAUGCCAGCUGAGCCAGUUCGCACGCAAACUGCUAUUGCUUUCAGUGGCGAAGUAUUUCCUUAUGCUUUGAUAAUCAUCGCCUGUGUUAUACUGAUUUUAGGAAUCGCUGGUAUCAUCUACAUCUGCGUCUCUUGGUCUAGAUACAAGGCGUACAAAGAACGAAUGCAACGUAUGUACGUGGUACCGCGUUACGAUCCUGUCUACGUGGAACCAAAUUUGAAGGAGUACGAGACACAGGUGCUUCAGAUGAGCGUCCCUGUCGACGACAAUGACAGCUAUAACGAUCUCCAGCUAGAUUUCAGCAACAAGAAUCACGCGUUCAGUCUGGACAAUGUUAGCUACAUUACCAAAGAAAAUGGGGAGAGUACAGGUCAACAAAGUCCCGUAAGUUCGGAAGCGGCAACCACCGCUCGUGCUUCCAGCAUAGCUGGAACCCAUGGAGACGCAAACAUCCACUCGUUGCGACGAUCCACCCUCGGUAGAAAGAACCACAACAACAGCAACGCGAACACGGUGAACAACCACGACGCGACGCCGGUUUUGAACCCCCUCUAUAAUCAUGGCAACGAUCUGCUGAGUCCUAGCCCAUCGAACGACAACGUUACGUUCAGGGAAAGGAAGGAUUAUUCUCAUCUGGGAUUUACGUAUUUAGGCGAACAGAGCCCUGUGGAGACUACGACGGAAUUGUAAGGGAAGUUACGAAACCGCUGUCGACGUUUCAUGCUCAAUCCGAAACUUUCCGCGAAUUUCGAAGCAGCUGAUUUGCUGCGCGUUAACGAGGACUCAACUGUGACUGAUGAUGUAAUUUGGUGGAUGGAAUUGAGUAUGUCGAGAUGGUAUGGGAAUCGUGGAAUUGGAGGAGUCUGUUCAUCGAUUGACGUCAUUGAUGGUCAUUGAGAAGGACAUAGACAGGUAUUCGAAAGUAUUUGAAUAGCAAUAUGUUUGUCUGCAUGGUAGAUAUUUUGUUGAAACGUUAUUAAAAAGUAAAUAUAGUAAUUCUAUAUAUAUUUAAUUUGUACAGAAUUUGGGAUUUUGGUAUUCACGAAAAUGUGAAUACUUUUUAUUAUGUUGACUCAAAUUGAUUUUAAUGUCAAUAAUCAAUUUUUUUUGUUAUUUUUUUUAAAUUUGUUAUAAGAGUUGUAAUCUAUCUAUUUUUAUUAGAAACAUACUGCGGUUUAAGUACUUUCAUGUGCCUUUUGAGAUUAUUUUUUCACGAGCAGAAGAGUUAUCCAAAUGGCACCUGCUGAGUUUGACAUUUGACUGAUGAUUUCUAUAUUUUCUAAUGCAAUAUUCAAUUUAUAGAUUUAUCUAAUAGUCUACGAUAUCAUAACAAAUGUACAGGGUCUUCGAUCAUACAGAGCUGGUAGCAGUCGAGUAUGAAACGUGAGUAACAAUAUUUUUUUUAUGAAAUUGAAACUGAAAAUUUCAACUUUUUCAUAUUUUUAUUAUUAUAUAUA